AUGGAAAACUAUUACGAUCAGAGUGACUUCAUCGAUGAAAGGAUUGCGAAUUUGCAAGGUUACGCACAGCUUCUACAUGUAAUUAUUAUUCUUGUGGAAUUUGCUGCCUUUGGCAUCUGCACAUGGGUCAGGUUUGAUCUGGAUUUUCAACAAUGGGUUCGCGAGAUCGAUUGGUACACAUAUUGGUAUUGCAUGUACGUGAUCAUGAUUGCUUCAGCCUUUGGUAUACUAAAUUCGGCAUUGGCCAUUUGGGCUAUUCGAGGCGAUAGAAUUGGAAUGAUCUUCAUGAAUUCCAUGAUUACGGUGUUGCUGAUACUCAUGGAACUCGUCGGAGCCGUGAUCAUCCUUGUGUUCGGCGUGGAGGAAAGUACGGUCUUGGUCGAUCAGUUACACGACGUGUUAAUUGAGUUGGUGUACAAAUGGGACGAUGAUCCACGUGCCUCCAGAAUUCUUCGACAGAUCCAAGAAUACCGUAUAGGGCUUGUCAAGUGA